AUGCUGACCAAGCUCGAAUUUUCGCCAAACGUUUUCUCCGACAAAUAUGCAAAUGGUGAUGGUGGAAUCAGCAUGUCUAGAGAUCGCACAGUUAAAGAGCGAAAUCAUCUUCAGAAACUCAGAGCAGACCUUGAAGCGAGGAGGAAUGCUGGCGAGAAUGACCUUAAUAUAAGGGUGUAUAGAUGUGAUAGGACCUCUCUAUCGAGCCAGAAAACCAGUGGUGGUGGGGUGAUUGUGGCAAUACGGGACCGGUUUGAUUCCUGGGAACUCUCUCAGUCUUCUCUUAACAUUGAAUGUGUCUUUGCAGCCAUGAAGCUAAAGAAUUCUAUUCUUGUCCUGGGUGGUGUCUAUCUGCCUCCUAAUCAAAACUCUACCCAAUACAUGGAAUUUUCAUCUGUUCUGGAGGAACUGUCAAUUACCGUUCAAGACAUACACCCAUUAUUGAUUAUUGGAGAUUUCAACUUGCCGAACGUGGACUGGUCCAGUCUCUUUACCCACCUCAACAAAUCAGCCCAAUAUAUUUAUGAUGUUAUGAAUUUCCUUGAUCUUAAGCAGUACAAUAAUAUCUACAAUGAUCGAGGUGUCCUUCUGGAUCUGGUCUUUUCUUCUGUGAACUUGCAAGCCCUGAAUGCCUCAGACCCUCUUCUUCCUGUGGAAUGUCACCAUCCUGCGCUAGAAAUGGACCUGGAUAUUAAUCCUUCAGAAAACCUCUACUACAGUGCAUUUGUUCCCAAUCUAAGGAAAUGUGAUCUAGCCCAUGUGUUUGACUGGGUUCAGCGUCUGAACUAUCCUGUGUUUGAUAACAGUGUUCCUGUCGAAGACUUAUUUUCAGAAUUUUGCUUCCAACUUAGCUGCACUAUCAGGAGCGCAUGUCCAUCUAAAUACAUUGGUAAACGAGCCUUUCCUGUUUGGUUCUCCCUUGAACUAAAAGCUGCGAUCAUCAGGAAGAAGAUACUUCAUAGGCGCUACAAACAAACUCUUGAUAAUCGUCUUUAUUAUCAAUUUUGUGGUGUUCGUGCAACAUGUAGUAGACUAACGAGGGAAUGCUACUCAAUAUAUAUUCAAUCCAUCGACUCAUCUCAGAAAAGUAACGUUCGAGUUUUCUGGAGUUUUGUCAAUUCUUCCAAGAGGACUCCAUCACUUCCUUCUCGAUUGCAGCUCGAUCAUCAAUUUGCUAAAAAUCCUCAAGACAUCUCUAACAUGUUCGCCAAGUUUUUUUCCUCUGUGUACAAGGCUCCAUCUUCAUCUCCACCUAGAUAUCACCUCAACGCAUGUACCACUCUCUCUUCCUGCUGUGUAACCUGUGCUGAGGUGGAGGGUGUACUGAAUUCGCUUGAUGUGAACAAGGGAGCUGGCCCUGACGACAUCUCUCCAUUAAUUAUGAAAUUCUGCAGUAGCGUCUUAUCUCCUCAUCUUGCCAUAUACUUCAACAUGCUCGUGGCUGCCGGAAUCUUUCCCUCUAAUCUCAAAUUGGGUUAUAUAACACCUAUCUUCAAGUCUGAUUCUCCCGCUGACGUCAAGAAUUAUCGCCCGGUAGUUGUUCAGUCAUCAAUUGCCAAGACCUUUGAAUCCCUAGUUCUGAAGAGGUUGUCAUUCCAUCUGAAGGGUGUUAUCUGUGCUGAACAACAUGGCUUUAUGAAAGGACGCUCGACUACUACUAAUCUACUAGCCUUCCAAGAUCACAUUCUCACUGCCUUCUCAGAAUCUCAUCAGGUGGACUCCAUAUACACAGACUUCUCUAAAGCUUUCGAUCGUGUAAGCCAUGAACACCUGGUGGCCAAGCUUGAAGCUAUUGGACUCAGUGGAUGCCUCUUGAUGUGGUUGAAGAGCUAUCUUCGGGAUCGUUCUCUUCGGGUUCGGGUUGCUGGCUGUUUGUCGAAGCCUUUCUCUGCUAUAUCAGGUGUGCCUCAGGGAUCGCUGUUGGGCCCUGUUCUCUUCUCAAUAUUUAUCAAUGACUUGGUCCAGUACACCCAAGGAUCAAAAGUUUUACUCUUCGCCGAUGAUGGCUUCGACUACCGCACUGCUCCAAUUCAUGAUCUGCAACUUCAGUUGAACUUGAUGCCACUACACACAAGACGAAUAAUCAAUGACCUACUGUUCCUGAGGAAGCUGAUUAACUCGAACAUUGAUGCCCCAGAUCUACUUGUCAAGCUGGACUUCCGCACUUCUCGACACCUGCGCAACACCCAUCUUUUCGCUAGACGUCAGUAUGCAACCCAGUACUUGUUCCACAGCACUUUUCCUCGCCUCCAGCUGCUGGCCAACAGCAUGCUGGACGACAUUGAUCUGUUUUGUACAAUUGAUAUGCCUGAGGGUUGCCAAAGGCCGGGUGGCGACUGGGUGGCUGAUCAGGGUGGUUGUGGAGGGUGGCUGAUCGGUGUGGGUGGGGGUUCACAUUCACAAGGUCGCAACUGA